AGCAAUAUGUCAAAAUUGAUCUGUUGACCAGAUUUUCCGUAUUGUUUUUCUUGUAGCCAUUUAUGGUGGAAAUUAACAAAUAUAAAAAACAAAGUUUGACUCAUAUUAUUCACAUCCAUAAGUCGAUUCUAAUUGUAAAGUUAUUAUUCAAUCAUCCCUCGAUACUAGAAAUCUAGUAUCUAGUUACUAGUUCUGUUGGAAACGAGCAUGGCUGAUGAAGAGGUUAACGGUGAUACGGACGACAUACAGCACGAGAAAGACAAAACACAGAAGAAGGCGGCGAAACAUGACAGCGGUGUAGCUGAUUUAGAAAAAGUUACAGAUUAUGCAGAGGAAAAGGAGAUAUCAUCUCAGGAUAUAUCUAGUGCACUUUCGCUAAUUGGAGAUAGAAGGAAUAAAGAAACAGCUGAAAGGCUAGAAAAGGAAAAGGAGCUACAAAAAGUUUCAGUCAAAAAAGAUGAUAUAGAAUUAAUUGUUAAAGAAAUGGAAAUCUCCAGGACAUUAGCUGAAAGAACUUUGCGGGAACAUAGUGGUGACUUGGUUGCAGCACUGAUAACCUUAACCAAUUAAUGUAUCAUAUUACAUUUUUAAUAUAAAGUUUUUUGAACCUAUCAAACAA